AUGUCUGCAGCCCGAGCCCACCCCAACGACGGUUCUGGCGAGUAUGCGGACCAGCUCGGAACGGAGAGGGAGCUCUCUUCUCUGCCCGCCGUAGACACGAGUAAGGAAGCCUGGGCUUAUGUCGCAGCGGCUUUUGUCAUGGAAAUGCUCUUCUGCUGUCUGUCUCGUGAACAAGAACAUUUGUCUGACAGGCCCUUCUCAGAGUAUAUGCCGUUUCUGGAGGAGGCUCUCAUCAAUCACUUGGGUUACAAAUGGUCUUUGCGAAUCACCGCUAUACUGACCGCUGUCCUUGGUGGUGUCGCCAUAUUCUUUGUUAACCCGCGAGUUCCCAUAUCCCCCCGAGCGCACGUUGUUCGCAUGCCCAUGCCGCCAUUCUUUGACACUUUCAUGCGAUGGGGUUUCUUUGGUACCUUUUUCUGUUGUCUUCUGCAAGGAUUUGGUUAUUUCAACGUUGGACUUUUCUUGCCAAGAUUCUCAGACUCUCUUGGCGGCGCUGCGGGUGCAGGUCUGUUGGCGGCUUUCAACGUCAGUUGUAUUGGAGCCCAGCUGAUUUGGGGAUUGAUCACAGACAAAAUGAGACCUGCCCAGGCGAUGGCGAUCAGCUCUGUGUUGGGCACAAUCUUGACCCUGACGUUCUGGGGAAUCGGUGGCAGUAAGGGUAUCUCUCUGCUGGCCCCUUUCGCGAUUCUCUUUGGCCUGGCGACCGGUGGCUUCACCUCCAUGUGGUUCCAAAGUGCACACGACAUUGCUGGGCCUGAUCAGGGGCGACAGAGUCUAUUGUCUGUCGGUUGGUCUUUGGCAAGAGGUGUAGGCGGCAUUGUCGGUCCCUCAGUUGGCUCAGCCCUCUACAGGCUCCCGACAUCACCGUCAAACAGAUGGGGCUCGGCAGGCUCUCCAGGAUUGGUCGGUCUUGUUGCUGCAAGUCUAGCGGCAAGCGCGAUCGUCGUGUUGCUAUUUAGGUAUGCGAGUGAUGUGAGCAAAUACAUCUCCAAGCUUGUGGGGAAAGGUAAGGAGGGGGUAAGUGGGGAGGGCCAUGGGAUGGAGAUGGGGGUGGUGACAAGAUGA